UUGAUAUUGACACUUUACAUCCAUGUAGAAUAAAAUAUGGAGAAAUGGCAUGACAUGGAAUAUGGACUGUGAAGUGUAGUUAAGUUAAUACCUAUGUGGCAAAAAAUUCCGAAAACGAUUUUAAAAAACACCUAUUAGGUCUCGGCUGGUUUUAUUUUUAAACUUUUAUUUAUGCUAUCACAAAUGUAUCUGGCCAUGGACGCACUAAAAACGCUUAUACGAUUUGCAGGUAUUCUUUUCGAUACAGUUUUAUGGCUCAGAUCUGAGUUUUUUUGCCUUUCAACUCCCUUAACAACCACAACAAUAAAUAUGAUUUAUGAUUUAUGUUGUAUUACUUACGAUCUAUUCAGGAACCUCAUUUCUAAUUUUCUGCAGAGUUGCAGCUGCUAUGUUUAAAUUCAUUUACCGAGAUUGCAUGAUCCCAACUCAUGUCCUCCACUGUGAACCUACCUAUACAGCGGAAGAUAUCAGUUGGGAUUAUAUAAUACCAUCAUGAUAUUAGGUAAUCAUCAUUAUCAUCUACAACCUAUUAACGGACCACUACCGGGCCGGGUCCGGUAUUAUUUAAAAUAUCUUAGAUAACAGCAAUGAAGCAAAAGUUGGUACGGGCCUUAUUACACUUUUACAUGAGAAAAUUUCAGAUCCCACGAGCAGAGUUCAACACAGGAAGCACUAUUUUAGUCGUCUAGAUGACGACCGUGUAGUUUGCAUCAUCCAUUGAGGCGUGCAUCAUAAUAAUGUUAUUUAGAUCAACACAAUGAAGAUUUCUACUGCGGAUCACGUUCGGGUUCGAGGUUCAAUAACUAGGACGGGUCAAAUUUACCUAUUGGUUUUUUGUGUAGAUGUUAUAAGUGGCAUCGUUCUCUCACGUACUUCAGCCACUACGUUAAGCCAACUGUCACGGUUAUGGUUUCUACUAACAUUCAGAUAAUUUUAAAAACCCUGCGUUGGAUAGUCUAAGCUUUAAAUCCUUCUCCUAAGAGAAAUAUUUGGCCAGCACUGGCACGUUGAAAGUUUGGUGACGUCAAAUUGAUGAUAUCAUUCGUAAGUGUAAAAUUAUUAGUACAGGUGAAAUGGCAAAGCGUCCACAAGACAUGCAACGGUCGCCUGUAAGUAGCCGUUUUCAGGUUUGUAUUAAUGUCACAAGAAAUCAUUAGGUAUAAUAGUCUAGAUCUGUACGCAGUGCUGUAACAAGCAUUCUAUAUGCCCUCAGUUCCAGCUUCUACAACUACAACCUUGUAAAAUGUUUCAAUAUUACCCUGCCAUUCUUCCUCGCAAUCUCGACCUUGCACCGGAUAACGCAGCGUUGGUAGAUCUCUAACAAAGUGGACAGAUAAAACAAACGAGUCGCAGGGAGCCGCUGGAUCUACGCGGCAUAGGACCGUGGUGUUUAGAUCUUUCUACAACAUGCCAGGAGUGGUGGGAUUAUGACGAUGAUUAUGAUUGCUUUUAACAAAACUAUCGUCUAAAAGCAACUGCCAGUUCAACAUGACUCUUUAAAAAACUUGGUACUAAUAUGGUAACUUCUCCGUUUUAGUUACAGCACUGACUGCAUGCUAAUUCUUUGAAAAGAAUGCUGUUUGUUUUGUCUCUCCAAUUGUGUAGACCAUUGUUUUGCAAACAAUACAAAGAAAAAGCAUUACAAAGAAAUCUUUUAAAUUGAUCACAGCCCUGGACUCAAGAGUAGAUGUCAAGACAUAUUACGUGCAUCGCACAGUGUUCGAAUGUGCUUUAAUUAUUCGGAGCAAUGGCCUUGUGGUCGAUUGUUGCGUAUGUUUUAAUAUUAACAGUGAUAGAGAUGGUCAUGUCAACCGAAGAAAAGCCACGAAUGAUGGAGACUUUAGACGAUGCACGCAUGGGAGGAGAACAGAUUGCACUGUAUAAAGAGAUGCUGAAGGCUAGUCAAGAUGCUGUCGGAAAGUUAGAAAUUGCCGAAGCAUUUGACUCUGGGACUGACAUGGCCAGGCUUAAGGGCCUUGCUGAUGGUCGUCGAUCUAGUCGUACGAGUUCAUUAGUAUUGAGCAGACGAGUGCGUUCCCAAGCUCUCCGCAGAGAUAAACUGAACAGCCAAGGUCUAAGGAGCCACAUACAACAUUCUAGGCACUCAGCUACGAACAACGAGUGAAAUAAUUAUAUAAUAUUUUGAUGGUUAA